GAUCUCUGCAAAUGCAGGAAAAAUUAGUUUGAUGGUGCAGGAUAAGGUGUACAAUGAUGCACUUUCAAUCAUAGCCCACCCUUUGUUGCAACCCCAGUGCACCCUUUCAGGCUUAGAAAAUAAUUUGCUUCAGGUUACAGUUGUGUGGGUGUUAGGGAAGUUUAGCUUGCCUGAUACCACCCAAGAAUGCUUCUACAUAGGUUGUAACUAUUGCAACCGCAGGGUCUAUGGUACUGAGGGCAUAACUUUUCAGUGUUUGUUCUGUGGUCAAAAACAAGGCACAACAGUGAAACGAUUUAGGCUUGAUGCUGACCUCCAUGAUGGUACCACUUCCAUUCCUGUCACUCUUUUCACCACUGAUAUCCUGACUCUUUUGAAGUAUACUUGCACUGAUCCUGACACAGCCAUAGACCUGGAAGCCUUUAAUACAAAGUUGCAAACCCUUGACAUUGUAGCCGGCAUCAAACAUUCAAAGCCUAAUGAGGAAGGAACUCAAGUUAACUCUUACACUGUUGUUUUAGUUUCACAAAAAUUAACCACCCCAAACGUCUCACUUCCUGUUACCCAACCACCGCCACUCACAACGUGUGAAACCUCCUCUCAAGCCAAACGAACAUUGAAUUUCAAAUCAGGCAGUGACCUGCCUCCUGAUUCUCCUACUACUUCUAACCUUUCAGUGCACAGCGAAACUGAAACGGAGGAACAACUAGGAAAGCUGCGUGGUAAAAAACCAAAGACCAUCACCCUUUAAAACCCAAAAAAGUGUUGUGUUUUGCUGUGACAAGAACGUUCUUGAGAAGCUAUGUAUAUAUUUGUAAAUUAGAGCACGAGUAGCACUUCAAACUUUACUCGACUCAUCUUUUUUGCUCAAACUCAUGGUUUGUAUAAUUAGUAGCAACUGAACGUUGUUGGUCGCCCUUGCUUUCUACCAGUUCAUGCCUGUACAUAUCUGCUUUUGGGCAAACUGGGGCAUCCACACC